AUGGCAGUUAAUUUUGCUGCAGAAAAUGGUUACUUGGAAGUACUUAAAUAUUUACAUUCUAUAGGAUAUAAAGGUACAGAUCGGGCAUUUGAUUUUGCUGUAAGAAAUGGUUACUUGGAAGUACUUAAAUAUUUACAUUCUAUAGGAUAUAAAGGUUCAGAUCGGGCAUUUGAUUUUUCUGCAGAAAAUGGUUACUUGGAAGUACUUAAAUAUUUACAUUCUAUAGGAUAUAAAGGUACAGAUCGGGCAUUUGAUUUUGCUGCAGAAAAUGGUUACUUGGAAGUACUUAAAUAUUUACAUUCUAUAGGAUAUAAAGGUACAGAUUGGGCAGUUAAUUGGGCUGCAAGAAAUGGUUACUUGGAAGUACUUAAAUAUUUACAUUCUAUAGGAUAUAAAGGUACAGAUAUGGCAGUUAAUUUUGCUGCAGAAAAUGGUUACUUGGAAGUACUUAAAUAUUUACAUUCUAUAGGAUAUAAAAGUACAGAUUUGGCAGUUAAUUUUGCUGCAGAAAAGGGUCGCCUUGAAGUACUUAAAUAUUUACAUUCUAUAGAAUGUAAAGGUACAGAUUAA